UCCUUCAGCUGUUCCUUCAGCGAGCCACACAUUUCCAGGCUUCGAUUGGCCUCGUUCUCGUUCACACUUCAUGCUUUCUUCUCAGCAAGAUGCUCCGCUAGUCCUCUAAUUUGGCCGCGCCGAUUUUCCUCAGUAACUCGUCUUGGAAGUCGAGGACCGAAUGCAGCACACUAAAUAGUGUCGUGAAAGCUUGCAUCUAAUGAAGUCUUCUUGGUCGCGGGUGAAUCCAGGGGUCUGAGUCAAUGCAUGGCCAGGCGGGCUUGGUAGCUUGGGGACGAUCUGGCUGACUGAUUCUUUUCUUCACGUCUCUCUCACGCCGCGAACAUUCUGAGGGAAUCGGAAUGUGUGACUCGACUCAUACUUCACUGCUACAGAGCUCCGUUCGGUUCAG